AUGUGCCUGCUUGCUUCAUCGUGUCCUCUUCCUGUACAGAUGUCUGGGAUGAACCAGGUGGUUGCAACAUGCUGGACUUGCCUCCUGCUCUCUGCCUUCCUGUUUGAGCCCACGCUGUGUAAAGGCGGACGUGGAGGGUCCAGGGGUUCCUCUCGAGGGUCGCCCUCCCGCAGCUCCACAGCAGGGACCUACAGGGGAGGAGGUGCUUACGGCGGGACCCGCUCUCGCUUCAGGGUGGCCGGACGGACGUCACCGGUGAGGGUGGCAAGCGCAGCAGCAGCAGGGGCAGCAGUGGCGUUAACGGCAGAUAAAUGGUACGCAUCUGCCUACCGACGCAGCAACACAGACAACUCGGAGGAAGAGCUGGAUUACUACAACAGGACCAAUUACUUUGAUGCUCUAAUGUCAGGCUCUACUCAAAAUGGAUCUUUUUUCUCUAAAGUAGUUUCUGUCAUUAUCACAAUGUUUUCCCCAAAAUAUGGACUCUUGAUGGACAGUAUACUGUAG